UGUGUGUGGAAUGAGGCCACAUUACAAUAGUUCCCUGUCAGCUGGUCUAUGUGCAGGACGUGCAGACUUCUUCCUUGUUUGACAUAUGCUCAAGGCACUAUGCUCAGUCACACAUUUUGCAGCCCGUCAGAAACCAGGUUUUCUUGUGAGUACAAGCUUGAUAUGAAUUCACCAAAACCAGAAAAGGAAAAGCUGUCUCUGGCAAAGAACAAAGACAGCUACAAAUGCCGGCAGUCUCAUUUCCACAAUGAUCUCAACUGCCCAGUCUGCCUACAAACAGCUACUAUGCCAGUAGAGACCAACUGCGGCCACUUAUUUUGUGGCUCCUGUCUGAUGACCUACUGGAGGCAUGACCCCUGGUUAGGAGCUAUGAGUUGUCCACUUUGCAGACAAAAGGUUGUUAUACUUUACAAUGAUUUUUGGGAAAAUCAGCCAGACCAGCUGAGCAGAGACAUCGUACAAGACAUAAGGCAUUACAACAAUCGGUUCUCAGGGAAACCAAGACCUUUCACAGAUUACCUUUAUGAUAUGCCAUCACUGCUGCAUCUGGCUUUGAGAAGAAUCUUCACUAUGGGUGGACUUGUGUGGGUCUUCUGCCUUAGGAUUUUAGUGUGCUUAUUUGGAGCAAUCGUGUGCUUGUCUUCCCCAUUUGAUGCAAUCCCAGACCCCAUGUGUGGAAUCCUCAGUAUUAUUGAUGACCUAGUUGUUGUCUUCCUUCUUCUAAUUUGUGUUAUAAACAUUUUCCAGCAGCUUGGCCAGGAAGGCAGGAGCAUAGGCCAUUCUACAGCAGAAAACAACGUGUCAGAAUACUGACCAGCACAAUCUGCCAAUUCAUUUUGUUUGAAAUCUUCUACAAAUGCUAUCUAUUCGAUUUCUUCAUUUUUAACAUUUAUGUACGUUAAAGGCUGAAGAGCAACCUAAGCGAUUAGUUUCCAUGGUGAUGGCACACCUAGACAAAAUGUUCCAUGGCUCUAUAGAUGAGGCAGAUGCCCCAAAAGCAUCCAUUUUAUACUGUGUUUUAAGUUUUGCAGACAUGGAAAGUGGCAUAUUCAAUACUGGUUCAGCUGCAGGUAUAUUAGUGCAACACUAUAUUUAUAUUUAAGUGUUGCCAGUACCUUGCAAAGAACCAACAGCUGGCCAUCAAGAAGUAUCAAUGGCCCUUCAGGGCUCCAAUUUCAUUGGGGUAUGGUGGGUGGAUGCAAUAAAAUGGCAGUUUUCAUCUUGAAAUGAAUUCUAAAGGCAACGUUAAUUUAAUGGAUUAUUCCACUGAAGUUCUAUACUGUACUCUUAUGUUAAUAUAAGUAGCCUACUGUACAACACAACUACAUCACACAAUAAGGUAACCCAGGUUAUCAUACAAGCAUCACAGAAUCUGGUAUGAACCUGCUAGUUGAAAAGUAGUUUGUUUUGUUAUAGUUUUUUUUUUAGCGCUUUGCAUACAAAAACAACAGUACUGUCUACCUGAAACCAGUACAAAGAAGGCCAGCACAAAUAUGAAAUAAGUUGCUUUUUACAUUGAAAACAUUUUUUAUGACGACAAGGGGAAUAGCCAUUUCACCCCUUACAUUGUUUUAACUACAUUAGUUGUAUUUCUUUGUAGAUCCCUCCAAAGGGAUCAAUAGAAUUUAGCACUGAUAUCAUUUAAUUUGGAUUAAUUAAUGAAUUUUAAAGAUGAAAAUGUGUAUAAAUUGUACUUCCAGUAUUGAGCACAUUGAUGUACUUGAAUGCAAUGUUACAGGGUGUAUGCACACACUUUUGUAUUUAUUAUAUUAAAUUUGUUCAUUGUAUUACGUGUAUUUUUUUCAAUAAAACAUUCAAAGACCA